UCUCUCUCCCUCUCUCUCUCUCUCACACACACACUCCCUCCGCUUACAGUAUACACCUAUCUAUCUCCCACAAGCAUCAGCACUCUCUCCAUCAGUCUACUCCGGCGCAAAGCAUGGCACCUCUGCGCCCCGACGCGCCGCUGUCCGCCGCCGCGCGCCUCUGCGUCUUCCUGCUCGCCGCCUCGGCCUGGAUGGCACUGCCGGGACCCGUGCGCUGUGGAGGCAUCAGCGGGGCUUUACGCCGAGGAGCCGGAGGUGGAGUAGGAGAAGGAGAAGGGGAAGGAGGCGGAGGAGGCAGCGCGCGGAGCGCAGCCCGCUCCCGGAGAGCCGCGUCCUGGGAUAAACACAUGUCCCUGCUCAGCAGCUCCUUCGUGCUCAAAGGGGAUGCGACGCACAACCAGGCGAUGGUCCACUGGACAGGGGAGAACAGCAGCGUCAUCCUGAUCUUGACCAAGUACUACCACGCCGACUCCACCAAGGUGCUGGAGAGCUCGCUGUGGAGGUCUACUGACUACGGUACAACCUACACUAAACUCAACCUGAUGCCAGGGACGACCAUCGUGGUGACCAGUUUCUACAUCUGCCCAACCAACAAGAAAAAGGUGGUGCUGGUGGGCUCGUCCAUCAACGAGCGCGACCAGAUGCUGUUCAUCAGCACCGACGAGGGCUCGUCCUUCCAGCGCCAGUCCAUCGCCUUCACGCCGGACACGCUGGUCUUCCACCCCAAGGAGGAGGACAAGAUGCUGGCCUACUGCAAGGAGGGCAGGCUGUUUGCUUCAGCUGACCUGGGCCGCAAGUGGACUUUACUCCAGGAGAGGGUCACCAAGGACCGGGUCUUCUGGUCUGUUUCAGGAGUGGAUGUGGAUCCUGACCUGGUGCACAUGGAGAUGCAGGAUUCAAGUGGAGGUUUCCUCUACGUCACCUGUCUGAUCCAGAACUGCUCGGAUAAAAUGGUGACGGCUCAGUUCCUCGGAAAGAUCGAUCACAACUCGCUGCUGGUUCAGGACGACUACAUUUUCGUGAAGGUUACCACAGGAAAUCGCGCCAAGCAUUACGUGUCGUACCGCCGCAACGAAUUCGUCCAGAUGAAGUUUCCCAAGUACGCCUUGCCAAAGGAUGUUCAGAUAGUGAGCACAGACGAGAGCCAGGUCUUCCUCGCCCUCCAGGAGUGGUACCAGUCAGACACGUAUAACCUCUACCAGUCGGACCCCCAGGGCGUCUACUACUCCAUCGUCCUGGAAAACGUUCGAAGCACCAAACAGCCGGAGGAGAACGUCCUCAUCGACAUCCUGGAGGUUCGCGGAAUCAAAGGCGUCUUCCUGGCCAAUCAGAAAGUUGACGGGAAAGUGACCACUCUGAUAACUUACAACAAAGGGCGCGACUGGGAGCCACUGGCUCCGCCCACCACCGACAUGAACGGGAAGCCAAUCAGCUGCAAAGCGCCGGACUGCCACCUCCACCUCCACCUGCGCUGGGCCGACAACCCCUACGUGUCGGGAACCGUCCACACCAAAGACUCCGCUCCGGGUCUCAUCAUGGGCGCUGGUAACCUUGGCUCCAAGCUGGUGGAGUAUAAGGAGGAGAUGUACAUCACCUCAGACUGCGGGAAGACGUGGAGACAGGUGUUUGAGGAGGAGCAUCACAUCCUGUACCUGGACCACGGAGGGGUCAUCGUCGCCAUCAAGGACACGUCCAUCCCGCUCAAGAUCCUCAAGUUCAGUAUCGACGAAGGCCGAACGUGGAGCGUCCACAACUUCACCAGCACGUCCGUGUUCGUCGACGGACUCCUGAGCGAGCCGGGAGACGAGACCCUCGUCAUGACAGUGUUCGGCCACAUCAGCUACAGGUCAGACUGGGAGCUGGUCAAAGUGGACUUCAGGCAGUCUUUCCCCCGUCAGUGCACCGAGUCCGAUUACGAGUCGUGGCAGCUCACAGACCUGCAGGGAGAGAAGUGCAUCAUGGGCCAGGAGCGGACUUUCAGGAAGAGGAAGGACACGUCGUUCUGUAUCAAGGGGAAGAGCUACACCUCCACCCUCACCAACAAGUCCUGCCAGUGCACUGAGAAGGACUUCAACUGUGACUAUGGUUUUGAGCGAGCCAGCACCGAAGGGGAUCGCUGUUUUGCUGACUUCUGGCACGAUCCGGACGCACCGCCCGAAGAGUGUCAUCCAGGACAGAACUACGAGUCCAGCACUGGCUACAGGAAGCUGAUAUCAAACACCUGUGAAGGUGGGCUGAACAAGCAGCAGAGCUCCAAACAGCACAGCUGCCCUCUGCUGCCCCCUAGAGGCCUGCAGGUGGGCAUUAAGGGGCAGAUGCUGGCCGUUUCGCCCGGAGACGACAUCACCUUCAUCGUCCACCAGGAGCAGGGCGACACCAGCAGCACCAAGUACCAGGUGGACCUGGGAGACGGGGUCCGAGCCAUCUACCAGAACCUGACGGUGACCGACGAGCCCAUCCAGCACCGCUACGAAAACCCCGGCGUCUACAGGGUCACGGUGAAAGCCGAGAACAUGGCCGGCCACGACGAGGCCACCAUGUUCAUCCAGGUCGCAGCCCCUCUGCAGGCCGUGCACCUGGAGGUGGUUCCCAUUGUAGGAAGGAACCACGAGGUCAACCUGACGGCCGUCGUUCUCCCAGCUGGGGAAGCGCUGACGGUGUUCUACUGGUUGAUCGGAGACAGUCUGCUGCCCACGCUGACUCUGGAGAACACCCUUCUGACUCGCUUCCCGGAGGCAGGAGACGUUUCCGUCACCGUCCAGGCCUCCAACGGCCGGUCCAUGGUGCAGGACAGCCGGACCGUGCAAGUCUACGAUAACUUCCAGGUAAUCCCUCUGAGCUUCAGCAAGAACCUCGACCGACUCAACCCGAACAUCCCCGAGUGGCGGGCCGACAUCGGGCAGGUGGUGACCAGAAUACUGGCAAAGGUGACGGGCGUCCCUCAGGACUCUCUGGUCACGGUGGUGAAGCCCGGCCUGCCCACCACCGCCGACCUCUACGUGCUGCCUCUGGACUCCAAGCCGGCCAAGAGGAGCGUGUUCGUGGAUAAGCGCAUUCCGGCGGUGAUUCAGGCCUUCAACGACAACAACGUGAGCUUCGUGGUGCGCGGAGGUGUCCAGGUGCUGGUGAUGCUCGCCGACCCCAACGCAGGCUACCAUGGAGCCGCUGGGAGUCCGGGUAUUUGGGCUCUGGCAGUCAUUUUCCUCAUCAGCAUCAUUGCCGUCGGUUCUUUUAUCCUCUACAAGUUCAAAAGUCCUUGGCUUAGGACUGAGGACGCCUAUCCCCCGCUGUUUUUCAGGAAGCUGCCGGGCAGCCGCAACGUCUACGCCCAGAUGCACAACGAGAAGGAGCAGGAGAUGACCAGCCCGGUCAACCACAGCGAGGACACCCAGCACAUCAUCCAGGGCGAGGAGUUCAUCGACGACGACCUGGACUCGCAGACUCUAGGUAACGCAGGAGGUAGCCCCACCUUCCGUUCCCUUAUAAGGACUACCACUAACCACUGCUACUAAAGCCAGGCCACUAACACCAGCAGCUAACCCGCACCAAGGCAACCAUUCGGGUGUGGUCCUGAGCAUCAACUCCAGAGAACUGCACAGUUACCUGACCAGCUGAUGGCUGCCGUGGCGGCGCUGACGAGCUGGCCCAGCCCGGCCGCGAGGCGGCCAACCAGCACAGGGACUCCACUCUGCCUUCCUCCUCCUUCCCUCCUCUCCUUUUUAACCCUUCACCUUC